AACGAUACGUAAGAGAAGGUGUGUUCUUCCGUGAAACUGACCUGACUAUAUAUAACUAUUCGGGAAGGAUUACUCGGAGAGGCUCGAUCGGAUCGAUGUUAUCGACAGCGCUACUCCAACGAUUUUUAUGGGUGAAUAAAUCGAAAAAUAGAUGGCAUUUUUGUCAACUUGAAACUACAAUUUACACAAAUCCGUCCGAAAUCAUGAAAAUUAUCAUCAAAUAUGAUUCUCAACAAAUAAAUAGACAAUAAUGAUAAAAUUAAAUCCGAAACAAAAAAAAUUCCACCUCAUUCCCAUAGUCGAUGGCAGAAUUUGGUGAAUAGAAAGAGCGAUAACACCUUUAUGGAUGGAACCGAAACGAGGAUGUUGUAUGCAAAAUUACCGCCCAGUCUCUCCUCAAAGAGAACUUUGCGCUGUCAGAAAGUGCAAUUACAAUUCGAAACAACAAAAUGAUCAACUUAGUAACAAUCAAAAGCUUCUCCAUAGGAUUCAGCAUAUAAAAAAAAAUUUGGAAAGAUUUCAGAAUCCGAAUAGAUCGAGGGAAGGAGAAGGGCGAAACCAAAGGGAUGGAGAGAGUCAGACGCCAGAUUUUACCCGAUCAGAUUUAAAUAGCUUUCGACAAAUUUUGAACAAUUGUAUCAUACAAAUGAAAAAAUUGAAAAAAUUCGUAGAAGAUGAGAAUUUUUGGUGGAAAGUAUUCAAAGACAAAGAUUUCAAUUGCUGCGAGCAGAACAUGCCACAUUUGCAUGGUUUUCUCGAUGGAACUAUGGUCACUUUGAAAAUUCUUGAGGAGAGGCUUGGAGAACCUAUCGCCCAUUCAACGCCGGAACGUAGGAGAUCAGAUCCUUUAUUACCUUGUCAAGAACACCUUAUAAGACCGCCGUAUGCACCUAGAGAAGAUGAACGUAAAAGACUUGAGGAAUGCAUGCCCGUCGAGCAUACGAGAAGGACGAGUCCAAGGAUGCAACCAAGAGUGAUAGAGGAGAGGGAACAAAUUGAUUAUUCGCCCGAAAGAGCGCCGAGAACACCGAUAAGAUCGCCGCGGAUAAUUGAAAGAACUCGAAUCGAUGAACCUGUUUUUAUCGAUGCUCCAAGGGUACCAGUCACCGAGCAAAGGGAACUACAAUUUUACUCGCUUCCGGAAUACGAGGAAUCCUUCCCACGUGGUCACACGAUCUCGUAUCAGGUCUCGAACGGUUCACGAGUAGAGAGAACGCCUCGUCAAGUAGCCGAUCCAGUAAUAAGCCCGCGAAUAGUCGAACAAAUGGUCGAGCCAAGAAAUCAACGAAUAAUCGAGGAACGAAGGAACAACCGAUAUCGAACCGGACCAGAAAUAUCCAUUAUGCAAAAUGGCCACGAAACGUUUCACACCACUAUUCCUACGGUGGGAACAACUCACUUAGGCUUGUGGCACACUAAAAGCGCAUCCGAUUUUUCACCAUCGCAAACAUUUAACACCGAGAACACCGCUCGAAAACAAAUUAUUUUGAGUGACAUCAGCACCUCGGUCGAAUUUCAUCCGGUUCAAGAAAUGUCGCAAUAUUCAUCGCGACAGGAGAAAAGGUUUAUGAUUAAGGAAAAUAAAAAUAACCAAAACAAAAAUCAAUGCGAGAUUCUGCAAGAGAGAAAAGAAAAAACUUGCCAAGGAGACAUUGCGUGAAUCUUAUUUUAC